AAAGAGUGGAGAGUGGAUAGUGAGAGAGCGAGGCAGAUGGAAGCGACGCAAACGCCCACCAGGCUGAUUUCUCUUCCACCUCCUCUCGCAAACACGCCUUUGUGUGUAAUGAUUAACCGAUGGGAGAAAGGCGAGAAGAUAGCACCUCAUAGGAAGUGACACACGCAGAGCAACAUUAUAAAAACACACAGUGUCUUCAUUCAGAGAGCAGUGAACAUGACCGGACCAAAAGGAGGUUACUACAAAGCAGAAUUGGGGGAGCCACACAAGUUUGACCCCACAUUCAGAGGACCUGUUCACAACAGGGGCUGCACAGACGUGCUUUGCUGUGUGAUCUUUGUCAUCGUCAUCCUCGGUUACAUCGUUCUGGGAACAGUUGCUUGGAUGCAUGGGGAUGCCCGGAAAGUGGUCUACCCGACAGACAGCUAUGGGCAGUUCUGUGGGCAGCAGGGUACUCCGAAUGCAAAUAAAGCCAUAUUAUUUUACUUCAAUAUUUUGCAAUGUGCCAAUCCUACAGUCCUCAUUAACCUCCAGUGCCCUACAACUCAGCUGUGUGUAUCCAAGUGCCCAGACAGAUUUGCCACAUACAUCGACAUGCAAUUAAACUAUAGACGCAAUAAGAGCUACUGGGAUUACUACAAGCAAUUCUGCAAGCCGAGCUUCGACAAUCCUGAUAAGUCGGUUUCUCUGGUGCUUCAGGAUGAAGAUUGUCCCUCAAUGAUUGUGCCAAGUAGACCAUUUCUCCAGAGGUGCUUUCCUGAUUUCAUCACCAGAAACGGAACAUUAACUGUUGCCAACAAAACAAGCUUCAAGGAUGGACACGGUAAAACCAGAAGUGUCGUCGAUUUGAGAGACGCAGCAAAGCAAGAGAGGACAGUUUUAUCUGGCAAAGUUACAGCUAUGCAGCAAGGAACAGAAAGUGGCAUCACCAGCCUGUUGGAUGCAAAGGAGGUGGGCGUCAAAAUCUUUGAGGAUUACGCCAGCUCCUGGUUUUGGAUCCUAAUUGGUCUGGUGAUAAGUAUGCUGGUCAGUCUGAUCUUCAUUCUGCUGCUGAGGUUCACUGCUGGCGUUCUCUUCUGGAUGGUGAUCUUUGGGGUCAUCGUGGCUGUGGGCUAUGGGAUUUGGCAUUGUUACUGGGAGUACAGUUCACUCAAGGGGAAGCCCAGCUCUGACAUCACCAUCUCAGACAUCGGAUUCCAGACUGACUUCCGGGUUUACUUGCAGCUGACUCAGACCUGGCUCAUAUUCAUGAUCUCCUUGGCCGUCAUUGAAGCUAUCAUCAUCUUAGUACUGAUAUUCCUGCGGAACAGAGUUCGUAUUGCCAUUGCUCUUCUAAAGGAGGGCAGCAAGGCGAUCGGCUGCCUCAUGUCAACACUGUUCUAUCCCAUCAUCACCUUCCUGCUUCUGGCUCUUUGUAUUGCAUACUGGGCUGUUACAGCUGUUUUCCUGGCUUCAUCUGGUGACGCGGUAUAUAAAGUAAUGUCAACGCGACCUGACUGCAAGUAUACCAACCUCACCUGUGACCCAAAGACCUUCAGUCAAUCCAACGUGACUAAACUGUGUCCAGCCUCCCAGUGCACAUUUGCUUUUUACGGUGGGGAGAGUUUGUACCACCGUUACAUCUUUGUUCUUCAGCUCUGCAAUUUGCUGGUCUUCCUCUGGCUGGUGAAUUUCACCAUCGCUCUGGGUCAGUGCACCCUCGCCGGGGCGUUCGCCUCGUAUUACUGGGCCUUGAGGAAGCCAGAAGAUAUCCCACCUUCCCCCUUGGCUUCAUCCUUUGGCAGGGCUUUAAGGUAUCACACAGGCUCUCUUGCGUUUGGAGCUUUGAUUCUGUCCAUUGUACAGUUCAUCCGGAUUAUUCUGGAGUACCUCGACCACAAACUGAAAGGUGCUCACAAUGCAUUUACACGCUUCCUGCUGUGCUGCCUAAAAUGCUGUUUCUGGUGCCUAGAGCACUUCAUCAAGUUCAUGAACAGGAAUGCUUACAUUAUGAUUUCAAUAUAUGGGAAGAAUUUCUGUGCCUCUGCGCGAGACGCUUUCUUCCUGUUAAUGAGGAACGUUAUGAGAGUUGCUGUUCUGGACAAGGUGACUGACUUCCUGCUGUUCUUGGGGAAACUGCUGAUCUCAGGGAGUGUGGGUGUCCUUGCAUUCUUUUUCUUCACCCGCCAAAUACCAGUAAUCCAGGAAGAGGUGCCUUCAUUAAAUUAUUAUUGGGUCCCUCUGCUGACUGUGAUAUUUGGAUCGUAUAUGAUUGCACACGGGUUCUUUAACGUCUAUGCCAUGUGUGUAGAUACACUGUUCCUCUGCUUCUUGCUUGAUCUGGAGAAGAACGACGGCUCGGCGACCCGGCCGUAUUACAUGGCCAGCAGCCUGCGUGCCAUCCUCAACAAGAAGAACAAGAGACCAGAGGAGAAAAAGAAACGCAGAAAACAAAAGAAGGAGCAACCAAACAAAAGGCACUGACAUGUAAAACACAGAUUCUGGUUAUUAUGGUAAAUGGAAUUAUUUAAGCAAUAUUAAGUAUGCAGAUAGUUUUGUAUUAUAAAUCUCAUUAGAAGCCCAAAAAUAUAAAUACAAGAAGCUUUGUACUGAUCUGCAUAUUUCUGUUUAUUAUGCAAGCAAAUAUAAUUGACAGUAAGCAACUAAAUCAAUUGAGAUUAUUUCAUGUUUAUGGAUGUGUGGAAAUGUCUUACUUAGUUUGGAUUUUUGUAGUUUUUUUUUUUUUUUUUAACAUAUUCUUGUCUUUUAUAUGACCAUUUGUUAGCACCCAUAUGGGGUGAAAGUGCCACUUCUCUCAUAUUGAGAAAAUAACCGGUAACAUUUAUUCGCUCUUCACUAAAUGAAUUUUGUUCAACUUUUGUACAUUUUCCGUUCGUAAUUGCAGUUCAGCUGAAGUGCCUUAUUCCAACACGCAGUUAACAGCUCUUUAACCUCAACCACAUGUUGAUAUGAUUCCUUUUCUGCUGUGCAGAGCUUAUAACUAUUUAUUCUUUCAUUACUGCUCUUAUUCGUCCAUCCAACUGCUUUUCUCAUCAGGCCCAGUGCUCUCUAGCAGUAGGAGGUUACACUCUUUCACUGUGAUUUUUUUUUUUUUUUUUUUUUUUUUUUUGUCCGUUCAUACUUCAUUUUAGCCCAGGAAGGACUUGAAUUUAUCUUAACACCUUGAUAUGAAUAUGUGUACAGAGUAGUGGUAGUUACUUUAUGUGAACUAAUUUCUGCUCCUACAGUUGAAACCAGAUAUUUACAUACACUUCAGAAAAACAACACAAAAACUUUUAUUUCUUUAAUGUCAUGCAUUAAAUCGGAGUAAACUUUUUCUGUUUUAGAUCAAUAAAUAUUAACAUAAUAACAAUAACUUAACAAUAAUAUCAGGUUUGUAGGCCUUCUUGCUCGCACUCGCCUUUUCAGUGCCGUUCACAAAUUUUCUAUGGGAUUGAGACCUGGGUUUUGUGAUGGCCAUUUCAAUACCUUGACUUUGUUGUCCUUAAACCACUUUGUAAGUAAUUUGGAGGUAUGCUUGGGGUCAUUGUCCAUUUUGAAGACCCAUUUGCGCCCAAGCUUUAACUUCCAGGCUGAUGUCUUCAGAUGUUGCUUCAAUAUAUCCUCAAAAUUUUCUUUCCUCAUGAUGCCAUCUAUUUUGUGAAGUGCACCAGUCCCUUCUGCAGCAAAGCAGCCCCACAGCAUCAUACUAUCACCCCAAUACUUCACGGUUGGGAUGGUGUUCUGAGGCUUCAAAGCUUCGCCCUUUUUCCUCCAAAUAUACCGUUUAUCAUUAUGGCCGAACAGUUCAAUUUUUGUUUCAUCAGACCACAGGACAUCUCUCCAAAAAUUAAAGAUCUUAGUCCCCAUGUGCAGUUGCAAACUGUAGUCUGGCUUUUUUUUAAUGGUUGUUCCGGAGUAAUGGUUUUCUCCUCCCAGAGUAACCUUCUAGCUCAUAAUGGUACAAGUCUCUAUUUCUGUGGAUAAUGACACGGUCUUACCAGUUUCAGCUAGUAUCUUAACAAGGUCUUUUACUGUUGUCCUGGGGUUGAUUCACACAGUUCGCACCAAAAAAUGUUCCUCUCUGGGACUCAGAAUCUAUCUCCUUCCUGAGGGGUUUGAUUGUUGUACAUUCCCAUGUUUUUUAUACAUGCGUAUUAUUGUCUGAACAGAAGAACAUGGGACCUUCAGGCAUCUGGAAAUUGCAACUAAAGAUGAGCCACACUUGUGGAGGUCCACAAUUCUUUUCCUGAUGUAUUGGUUGAUUUCUCUUGAUUUUCCCAUGAUGUCAAAGAAAGAGGCUCUGUGUUUCAGGUGUGCCUUCAGGUAUGUAUUGACAGGUGUGCCACCAAUGAACUCAAAUGGAAUCAAUUUACUUAUCAGAAGGUUCUUAAGCUCAGAAUGGAAUCAUAUGGAGUUUUCUUUUUGUUUAAAGACACAUGAAACUUUGUGUAUAUAUACUUCUGACUUUGAUGAAAGUGAUAAAAAAAAAUCCAUAAAAGUUCUCCCUUGCUCGAUUCUGACAUUUAACAAAUGCAAAAAAUGUUAAUAUUUAUUGAUCUAAAACAGAAAAAGUUUACUCUGAUUUAAUGUAUGACAGUAAAGAAAUAAUAAUAAUAAGUAAAUAUCUGGUUUCAGCUGUAUUUUGAUGCCAUUAAUUUGAAGUAUUUGUUUUUUUAACAACUUUUGGAAAACCUUUUUUUUUUGCUGUGGUUUUUCUAUAGUUUUUCUAAGUAUUAAGAGUGUUUCUUUACCAGUUUUAUGUUGUUUAAAAACACUUGAAUGUGAACAGUGAGUGCAUGUUCAUUAUUGAAAUCUAAAUUGUAUUUCGAGUUUAACCCUUGUCUAAUCAUGUCAUUAAUAUGUAACUAUUUAAUUAUCUUCAUCAUUUACAGUGUGGUACACAUUUUUACUAUUUUUGUAAACAUAUUGUGCUAUUUUGCAAAGCUUAAUAACGUUGUAUGAUGUAAUCCAAGUGCAAGGAUAAUUUAGGAAAAUAAAGUAUUUCAUAUAGA